UUGUGAAGGCGCAGGUAGAGAGAUCCUCACUUCCUGGUUAAAGAUGGCGGAUGAGAAUGAGACAGCACCGCAGCAGGAGAAAGAAACUGAGAUAGAAGUGGAUCACGGACACUGCAGUAACUGUGAAAAUGAAGAGCAUCACUCUGAUGAUGGGGAGAAGGGGGACACAGGUGCCAAGAAGAAGAAAAAGAGACAGAAGAAAAAGAACAAAGACAAGUCUGGAGGAAAGGAUGCAGCACAGGAUCCGCUGGCCAAAGUAAACUCCCUCCCUGCGGAUAAGUUACAGGAGAUUCAGAAGGCCAUUGAGCUGUUUUCAGUGGGACAGGGUCCAGCUAAAACCAUGGAGGAGGCCACACGGCGCAGUUAUCAGUUCUGGGACACUCAGCCUGUUCCUAAACUUGGAGAGACUGUGACAUCACAUGGCUGCAUUGAGCCGGAUAAAGAUAGCAUACGAGAGGAGCCCUACAGCCUCCCGCAGGGCUUCAGCUGGGACACUCUUGAUCUGGGAAACCCUGCAGUGCUGAAAGAGUUGUACACUCUCCUGAACGAGAACUAUGUGGAGGAUGAUGAUAACAUGUUUCGUUUCGAUUACUCUCCUGAAUUUCUGCUCUGGGCUCUGCGUCCUCCAGGCUGGUUGCCUCAGUGGCACUGUGGAGUGAGAGUGGACUCUAAUCAUAAGCUAGUUGGUUUCAUCAGUGCCAUUCCAGCCAACAUCCGCAUCUAUGAAAUAGAGAAGAUGAUGGUGGAGAUUAACUUCCUGUGUGUGCAUAAGAAACUUCGCUCGAAACGAGUGGCUCCGGUACUCAUCAGGGAGAUCACGAGACGGGUCAACCUGGAGGGCAUCUUUCAGGCUGUGUACACCGCGGGUGUGGUGCUGCCCAAACCAGUGGGCACCUGCAGAUACUGGCACCGGUCCUUGAACCCACGAAAGCUGAUUGAGGUGAAGUUCUCUCACCUGAGUCGAAACAUGACUAUGCAACGCACCAUGAAGCUCUACCGACUGCCAGAGGCUCCUAAGACUUCAGGCCUAAGGCCGAUGACUGUAAAGGAUGUGCCAGCAGUUCACCGCCUGCUGAAUGAAUACCUGAGUCUGUUUAACCUGGUUCCCGUCAUGAGCCCUGAGGAGGUCCAACACUGGCUGCUUCCUCAGGAGAACAUCAUUGACACCUUUGUAGUGGAGAAUUCAGAUGGGAAGUUGACUGACUUCCUGAGUUUCUACACUCUGCCGUCCACCAUCAUGAACCAUCCUGUGCAUCACAGUCUGAAGGCAGCGUAUUCCUUCUAUAACGUACACACCACCACCAACCUGCUGGACCUGAUGGGAGACGCUCUUAUCCUUGCCAAGUCGAAAGGAUUUGAUGUCUUUAAUGCACUGGACCUAAUGGAGAACAAAACAUUUUUGGAGAAGCUCAAGUUUGGCAUUGGAGAUGGAAACCUGCAGUAUUACCUCUACAAUUGGAAAUGUCCCAGCAUGGGGUCAGAAAAGGUGGGCUUGGUUCUACAGUGACCUGUUCCACCAUCCAUAAUCUAUGUCUUGCAUGACAGCGAGGCUGAUUUAUGACAUCACGCACUGACCACCUGACAGAUGCUACCAAUGGACUUUCUGCUUCAGGAAGAAGAAUUCACCGCCCAUUUUUAAGUUUGAACUUUGAACUUUUGGACCUGCACUACUAAUUUCUCUCUCUCUCUUUCUCUUAUCCCUCAUUCUUCUUAUUCUCUCUCUGCACAUGGACCUAAAGCCAUUGUAAUUACCAUCAUCAGAGAUGAGGAACCUUAAUCUGUUAUGAUUGUUAACAACGGUGCGCGUGCACACACACACACACACACACACAUACAAACACACACAUGCUCAUAGGUAACACCAGACAAGCUCAUGAUGAACCCUGAUGCAUAAGUGUUGCGCUGUUCACAUCGAUAGGUUCAACUCAUUCAGUAUAACAUGAUUUUACUCUCCCUAUCCAAUGGGAAGUGCUUUUUGCAAAAAUAAAUAAAUAAAUAAAUAAAUGGAUGAAAAUGUUUAUUUCUUCAAUGUUUUAGAAAAGACCAGACAAUAAUCAAAGACACAUGAAAAUUCCUAGAGGAAAAAAAAAACAGCUAAUGAGAUAAUAAAACCCCCAAGUGGAUAUGA